UUUACCUUUCAGUGAAUUGGCUGCACUGGUUGAUCCGUUGAUCGCUGAAAACAUGGCAGUUGGAAAUGUAGGCUGCCCGAAAAUGUCAAGAAUGGCAGCUUAAUACGUUAGGUUAUACUCAAUUAUAAAAUAAUUUUUUACAAACUAAUAUCGCUGUCCCGCUCGCGCGAAGAGACGAGCCCCGUGUAGUGGUUACAACAUGCGACAAUGAGGGGAUUCAACGAAUUUCUCGCAAUUUGCAUCGUACUGCAAUACUUGUGCGGUGUAUGCACUACGCUGUUGCUUAUAAACGUAAAAAAUCAGGGUGGUGAUAUUCUUUUAGAAACAAUCUCGUCUAAUGUUACAGAAGAUCUGAUUACGUUGGAGUUCCAACGUUCCGAUGGCACACUGGUCACGCAACUCGUUGACUUUAAAAAUGAAGUUCAAGUUAUAAAGGCUUUGGUGCUUGGCGAGGAAGAACGCGGUCAGAAUCAGUAUCAGGUCAUGUGUUUUGUGAACCAUUUUUAUAAAGUGGAUUUCAUAUCAUCCGACGCAAUGUCCAAAUUACGUCAGAAAAAUCCAGGCACUAUACGUGUAGCGGAGGAAGAUAGGGGUCAUGUCAAUUAUACAAUGGACUUGUUUCUGGAUGUGUCUCAGUCGAAAGAAAUAUCAAAACACAUAACUACACUGUGCGCAGAAGCGUCUGGUUCAACUUACACCAGGAAUGACGACAUAAAACAAUGGAUUCAGAGACCAGGUUCUUCGGAGGAAUUACUCAUGGCAACUGUGUAUAAUUUUACAACCGUGCCACAAGCGAACGUAAACGACACGAGAUCAUUGUUAAUAUCCAAAUGUGCGGACACAUCAAAUCUCUGGGCGCCUUGUACAUGCUCUCUGGAAUUAUGCAUUGGUUGGUAUCCAUGCGGAAUAAAGUUUUGCAAAGGGAAAUCCGAUGGCAAGAAAAUCGCUAGCACUUAUCGGUGCGGUAUAAAAACAUGUAAGAAAUGCUUUAUAUUCUCAUAUUAUUCUAAAAUGAAACAAAAUUGCCUGUGGGACGAAUGACAUAUAAGGACAUUCUAGAUUAAAAUUUCAAAUGUGAUUUAAAAAGGCACGCGUCGCAGCGAGAACGGAAAAAUUUAAGUAAACGAGUCAUGCUAAAAGCAAAGUAAACACCUCAAAAAGUUUUGAGGAAAAUACUCUAAAUAUAAUAGAUAGAUAAAAUAUGAAAGAUAACGUGAAGAUAUUAAAACAUUAGCUUCCUUAAUUAAUUUGAAAUUCAAUAUUGGACAGUCAGCACUUUAUUAGUAGUUUAUGACAGUCACAAAAAAAUAUUUAUUAAUAAAAUCUUUUUAUAAAUUAACUUCUCUGACGUUGGCAUUUAACUGAAGACCGCACAUGCAUCGAUUUAAAUUAAUAACUAAUAGAGAAAACCAAAAGAUGCAUUGUAAUUUUAUUUUCUCGAAAUCCAUAUGGUCACAUUCAUAUGGGCUAUAUAUUAUGUAGAUUAUGAUAUUGUAAGUAAAACCAAAGCCAAUUAUGCAAGAAACAUUGUGCAGGAUCAUUAGAUUUAUAUUAAGAAUGAAAAAAUUAUAUAUACUUGAAUAUAUAUAAAUGAAUUAUAUAUACUUUAAAAGGGUUUAUGUUAAGGAUUAGAACAAAGGCUUUGUAUAUUUAAUUUUUUGGCAAGGGAAAAUGAUACAUUAAAUACUGAAUAUUUUUAUGAUUAAGACACAUCAGACGUGUAAUUAUAUAAUUUUACAUAUAUACGUAAUUGAUAUAGAGAUUUUACCGAGUGGAUGUUUGUAACAUUUUAUAUAAUUUCUUCAUUAAUUUUUUUAUAUAGACAUUUCUUCAGUGCACAGUACAUUCCAUCAUUUUUAACGAAGUAUCUUGGCAUAUUAUUUUUAUAAUGCCACUUUUAUAUAGAAUUUAUAUGGGACAUUUUUCCGUCUGAUCCACAGUUAUAUGUUCGAAAGAUUACUACAAAUGCUUUUACUCCUAUUGAGUUUAUCUAACAUUCCUAAUUAUGGGUUAUUUCAUUUAUGACAAAUGAAAUCAUUCCAGUAUACCCGUUUACAUACUUACUUUUUACUGUAUUGCAUUUACUGAAUUUUUCAUACCAAGUAUUACACAUGUUACAAAUAAUCCAUUCAAAAUAUUUUAUUUCUUGGAUAGAAAUGUUAGUAAUAUAAUAAUUUGUAUGUAGAAAAUUUUAUACAUGACUUGUAAAGCUGCCAUUUAUACAUUGUAUGUGUACAUUAUAAGUUCUAAUUGUACAUAACACAAGUACAGUAUAAGGAGAUACAAAUAAUGUUGAUCUAGACAUGUAUAUGUAAAUUCCGUGUUAAUAGUUAAAAACUGUACAGUCUAUUUAGGGUAUAGAGUAUCGUACGGUGACUUUAUAAGAGUAUUACCAAUUUAUAUUAAUACUUUAAAUUACCUACAAUUUGUAACGAGUAUCUUUGCACGUUUCAAUGAGAGAGUUACAUCUGGCGGAUUAUUGUGAAACAAGACUGCAAAAUCUGUCCAUUUAAUGUUCAAUGGUUAAGUCAUUGCUCUCCGAAAUCCCUCACGUAGUAUAAAUUGAAUUUACCGCAACAGAGAGAUUCUUUGAAGCAAGGAAAUACGUAUAUAUACUUACGCUUGUAAUCCGAUGUUUGUGAAACGUUUACCAUAAAUAUCUAGCAGUAUUUAGUGUUGUCAGCAACCAGUCUACUGCGAAUAAGAUGUACGAUGCAAUGUGUUAAUGGUGACGAGGAUAUAUAUACUCAGCGAUUCCUCAAUAGAGCUGGUCAUCUAUUGUUGAAGUCCUUCUAGCACUCACUAUAAGCACAGAAACUGAACGUAGGAGAAAUGACAAUGAUUGUAUCGAGGUAUUUUCAAUGUGUCAUGGAACAAUACAGUCGGGAUUAGAAUAAUGAUGGACGAGAUUUUAAUCGAAAUUUUUUUAAUUGAAUUGAAAUUGAGUUUUAAACAGCAAAUGUGGUAUUUAAUGUGGAACUGCUAGGUUUAGAGAACAAAAGUAAUAUCUUACUUUCAAGUUUCGAAAUUCAAAUCGACAUAUCGAAAUAUACUUUUUUCGUUUAAAUUAAUAUUUAAAUGUUAAAUAAAAUUUAAUACAAGUUAAUAUCUAAUUGAGCUUCAAUUGGAAAAUCGUUUUAUUCAAAAGUCUUUUUUAUCUAAUCCCAACUUUGCCGCCAGUAAUUGUUAAAUUACAUUGAACGAUGUUACUAGUAUAUACUAUAAAUGCCAUACCAAGUAAAACCAUAUAAGCAUCGCACAAUUUACGUGUAAAUCAAUGGGGAUUAAUACAUAGAAUGUGACAGAACAAAUUCAUGCACUAUUUGUAUAUAUACAGAAAUAUAUAUAUGUAGAUUCAAUGGAGACUUGUAAGAAAUGAUUGCGGAUUCUUAGUUUGUACCAAUUUUAACAACUGUUUUAGUUACGGUGACGACUUUAUAUACAUUAUUGUAAAAAAUGAAAGGGCGACAUGUGCAAUAAGAACUGCUCUAAGAAUUUAUAUAAUGCUGAUAUAUAUAUUUAAAUAUUUAUAAUAAUUUAUUUAAUAUUUACCUUACGCCAAUUUGUUGCUUAAUUAAUAAAUGUAUUAUAUUAUAUUUAUUUAAUCGAAGAUUAUAUCUGUGUAUGAAAGACUAAUUCAAGAAGCCAUUAUGCGUAAUGUGGAAAAUGUAAACUACUUGUCAGUGUUUAAACUACUUUGUAUCAACCCCCUUUGAUGUCAUCUAUAGGUAUCAUUACAUUAUAUAUGAUUUCAGUUACACAUGAUGUUGUAUCUUAUACACAUAUUUUUAUAUAUAUAUAUAUAUUUAAUAAAAAGAAUAUUAAUAUACACACAUA